AGUUAGAAUAACCACUUUUCGUCCAGUAUAGCUAUUAUCUCUUCCAUCUCAGAUUAGAGCAGGAGAAACCCUAAGCGGUAUCGGACCGAUGGAUAUACUGAAACAGGAAUUGGAGAAACGACGGCAAAGCUUAGCCCAAGACGUUGGUGGCCGGAAAGUUUUCAAGCGAUCGGAAAUCGAACAGAAACGCCUCCAGAGAAUUCGCGAAGAGGAAAAACGUGAAGCCGAAGCCAAAUCCCUCCGUCAAAAGCAAUUAGAACAGCAACAGAACCCUACCGAUAAAUCCUCGUCAAAAUCAAACUCCAAAACCGACAUCCAAUCCCUCAAGCAGGAUUCAUCAUCUUCUUCGGCUUCCAAAGCACUAACCGACGAGCAAAAAAUCGAUGAUUUAAACCUUCCGCGACAGGAGGUGAUUCGCCGCCUUAGGUUUCUGAAACAACCGGUGACUUUGUUCGGAGAAGAUGAUGUGGCGAGGCUCGAUCGGUUGAAGUUUGUAUUAAAAGCUGGAUUGUUUGAAGUUGAUGAUAGUGACAUGACUGAGGGACAAACAAAUGAUUUUCUGAGAGAUAUUGUGGAAUUGAAGAAACGGCAGAAGUCAGGCAUGUUGAGUGAGAGGAAGAGGAAGGUGCCGACGGAGGAUGCCGGGGAGGAUAAAGAUGGUGGAGGAGGUGAUGAAGAUUUGAGUGGAGAUGGAGAAGAGGAUGUGGAUCAUGAUAAGGAUGUGAAGAGGAUGAAGACGAAUUUCGAAGAGUUGUGUGAUGAGGAUAAGAUUUUGGUGUUCUUUAAGAAGUUGUUGAAUGAGUGGAAUCAGGAGCUUGCUGAGAUGACUGAGGCUGAAAAGCGGACAGCUAAGGGGAAAUCAAUGGUUGCUACUUUUAAGCAAUGUGCUAGGUACCUGAAUCCUUUAUUCAAGUUCUGCAGGAAAAAGUUACUUCCUGAUGACAUUAGGCAAGCACUACUUGUGGUCGUCGAAUGCUGUAUGAAGAGGGACUAUCUAGCAGCAAUGGAUCAGUACAUUAAGAUGGCAAUUGGUAAUGCACCUUGGCCUAUUGGUGUUACUAUGGUUGGUAUUCACGAGCGGUCAGCUCGUGAGAAGAUUUACACAAAUAGUGUUGCGCAUAUCAUGAACGACGAAACAACUAGGAAAUAUCUGCAGUCAGUUAAAAGACUGAUGACCUUCUGUCAACGACGGUACCCAGCAAUGCCAUCCAAAGCUGUGGAGUUCAAUAGCCUUGCAAAUGGUAGUGACUUGCAGUCACUGCUUGCAGAAGAAGGGACAUCUGGAGGAUCUCAAACCUCAGAGGAAAGGCUUCGAAUAAUGCCUGCAUAAGGGAUGUUCUGCAGAAAUCUAUCAAUUAAUUUGCCUUGGGAUUCUGGGUUUUUCAUAUGUUGAUUCUCAAUGAUGUAGCUGAAUUGUGGCCCGAGUCAAGGCCUCCCCUGCAACGCCUUGCACAAAGGGAGGAAAAACAGCAAAAGAUAUUCAAUGUCCUUGAUUGUAACUUCUAAAACUGGAUCGUAUGUAGAGAAACCUUCCCUGCAGUUCUGCAUUUGAGUAAUUCCGACUGAAAUUAAAUAUUAUCAUGUAUCAUACUUCAGUGGAUUGGAUUUUGGGCAUGCGUAAAUAUUGAACUAAUCAAAUGAUAAUCCAGUGACGCUUUGUUUUUAA